AAAAAAUUCAAUUUGAAACAUCGAAACAACAAAAUAAAUGAUUGCUCAACAACAAAAAAUGAUAACACCUUUAAUAGUAGUAAAAAGCUGCCAUCAUCACUAAUGAACACCGUUAAAAAGACGAAUACAGUACCUCAAACAGCAAUACCUCAAUUAUUUUUGCCAUCACAAUCAUCAGCAUCAACUUUACGGUCGUCCAGGAGAUGCGGCAACAACAAUCCAAUAUCAUCUCAACAUUAUAAUCUGAAUAAUUGUCCAGAUCAUGAUUCUUUUGUCACCACCACGACCACCCACGCCUCAAUGAUUAUAGAAACAAUAUCCAACAAAAAUGAUGAUAAUAAUCAUAGAUUAGAUAAAUUUGUUAGUAAAAAGCUAAAAAAUCGACAAAAGUCAACAACAAAUAUAAUGAAACAAGUGCAUGAAUUUCAAUCAAAAUCAAAUUUUUUCAAUUUACAAUCCAUACGCAGCCAAAAUCAUUAUCCGUCAAUAGAUCGUAAGAUUUAUAUGGAUUCUCAACAAAAGUUUUGUAAAAUUUUUCAUCAUUCAUCAAUAAAAAAGUUGAAUAUGACUGACAAGCAAAUUUUCAAUCAUAGUCAUGAAAAUACAAUAAUGAGUGCGCCAAGUGUAAAAUUAAAACAUUGCUAUUGCAGCUAUGUUUUUGAAAAUAACUUAAACAAUACAACGUAUUCACAUUGGCUACGCCAACCACAACAAAGUAUUUUAUCAAAAUUAUUCUUCAUCUCCAUAUUAUUAUUAUUAUCAUCAACACAAUUCUUAAAUAUAAUUAUACCUGUGAUCUCAGCCCAAUCUCUUCAACAACAAUCAUCAAAACAUUAUUCUCGAUAUUAUCCACCAUAUGUGAUUGAAUCACAAUCUCAACAACAAAAUCAAAAUCAAAAUCAACCAUCAUCUUUUAAUCAAAGACAAGGAAGGAUAAAUGAUUAUGAUGAUCAAAAUAAAUUAUCUUCAACAUUUGAUGGUGGUGAAAUAUUUGGUCAAAAAAUUUUAGCCAAACAAUCAUCAUAUCGUCAUGAUGAUUAUACUACUGCUAAAAAUCAAAAAGCUGAUUAUGAAAUACGAUCCAACAUUCUUAUACAUCAAAAUAGUCAUUUGAUCAUCGAACCAGGUGUACGAUUAGCAUUUUCACCCGGUAUCGGUAUCAUUGUUCAUGGAUCAUUGAAUGCAACGGGCACAAGCACAUCAAAAAUAAUACUUACAAUAAGUAAUGGGGCAACAAAGUUACCAAUGAUCAAUGCCGAAGGUAUUCAUCAUCAAAAACCAUUAUGGCCCAAUAUACGAUUAGUCGAUGGUCAACGUGUGGAACAAGGACGGCUACAAUUAAAAUAUAAAGGCCAUUGGCAUUCAGUUUGUACAAAUUCCCGUAAUUGGACACGAAACGAUGUUGAAGUUGUAUGUCAUCAGCUUGGAUUUACUGGUGGUCAUUGGUAUCGAUGGUUUAAGCGUAAUAAUGAUAGUCGACAAUUUAUGUUAGAAAAUCCUGGAUGCCAUGGUAAUGAACCGACCGUCCAAGAUUGCCAAAAUUGGUCCCAAAGACGUAUCGGCAGUGGUGUUUGUGAUUUUCACCAAGACAUUGGCAUCAGCUGUGAUAAUAACCAAGAUUCUCGAAAUCAUUGGCGUGGUAUUGAAUUCAUAAAUUCUGACUCACGUGUAACAUCGAUUAUGUCAAACAAAAUGGAUUCACGUAGAUCCAAUUCGGCCAUCGAACAUGUAAUCAUUGAAUAUGCAGGCCAACAAUCAGAUGGGAAAUUACUGCCAGCAUUAUCAUCCAUCGGCAGUGUUCCGCCACAUAUCAAUCAUCUUGCCAUUUAUCGUUCAGCAUAUACAGCAUUAAAUAUUACGGAUCCAAUCAAUGGAUUUGAGAUCAUGAAUUCAAAAUUCAUAGAAAAUCGUGCCUAUGGUGUUUAUGUUAAUACUUCAACUGGUCGAGUUCAUUUAUCGAGUGUCGAAAUUGAAGACAAUGGAGCCGAUGGUGUUCGUUUUGUUCAUUUCGAUAAAACAGACUAUUCAUCAGAUAAUUUCUGUGAAACACCAAAUCUAGGAACCAGCCAAGUGUUUCCGAUCAAAUACACGUAUCGACAAUCAGCUUCAAAAGCACCUACAGAAGAAUGUUGCCAAGAGUUCUAUUCCAAAGAUUGGGAAGGUCAACGGAUAACAGUUCAUUUUCCAUUACUAAUGAGUGGUGUUGAAGAUUAUGGCGCAUUAAAUGAAUAUUUAGUACAACCAUAUAUACCACAUGUUGGCCGUGAAGGAUCCAUUUAUAUUAUUGAUGGUCAUUCUGGACGGAUUAUCGCCGAUUUUUUUAUCCGCAAUAAUACAAAAAUACAAAGUGUUUCAUCAAUCAUUGGAAAUGGUCCAUUACGAAUUUGUUAUCGUCCAGCACAUUAUCGCCGAGUAUUGUUCACCAUACAGGUUGUUGUCGAUUAUGGUAGAGAAUAUGAUGUUACCUUAUCGAAUAGUCGUAUUGUGGCCAACAAUGGUCGUGGAUUAUGGUUUCAAGAUCUACGCAGUGGAGCCGUUGUGAAUCGUACAUUAAUUUCCAAUCAUGAUUAUGUGGCCGGUUUGAAUAUAGACCGUGGUGUUGGCACAAUAAUUGUCAAUAAUAGUAUCAUUAGCAAUAAUAUUGCUGAUGGUGUCAACAUUACGAACGGUGGUGGAUAUCUUCAUAUUGAUAGAACCGAAAUCGUCAACAAUACAGGCCGUGGAAUUGCCGUAUGGUUUAAUGAAUCCAUUAAUCUUGGAGCAUUCAAUUAUAGCUCACAUGUUACCAGAUGUUCCGUGUCUAAUAAUCAGAUUGGCCUUUUGAUUUUUAGUGGUUGUCAUUUUUCAUCGACUUUAUGGCAUCAAGGUGCAUAUUGGAAUAUUAGUCUUAAUGACUUUUUUGAUCAACGCGAACAAGGCCUACUAUAUCAUUCAUGCAUUCCAAGACCCAGAAUAUUGAAAAUGCAAUUGAAACCAUUGGUGACCAAUAUAUCCAUCGGUCAUAAUCGUUUCUUAUCAAACGAAUUACAUGCAAUACAUGUUGCACCCUUAUUUUUCACUAAAUUGAACAUUGCCCAUAACGAAUUUAGUGGACAUAAAAAAGCAGUCCUAUAUAUAAAUUCUCAGGAUCAUUUUUGUGUACAACAAUUUGUUGAAGAUGCCGAACGUUUUCCAUUUUCUUUCUUCAAUGGCAAUGCAAACAAUAACGAUGGUGGACAUACAUUGAUGAAUCAACGAAGUUUAGCACUAGAUUUAUGGCCAACUGUCGUUCGCAUAAGAAAUAAUAAUUUUCACAAUAAUCGUGGCUAUUAUGUUGCCAGCAUCGGUUUAUUAGAACCAGAAUCAUCAAUUAACGUGAAUUUUAGUUCAUUAUCUCAAAAAAUAUUGUUCACUCGAAACAUUCUACAUGAUAAUAUUAUCCGUGAACCAUUUGAAAAUCUAAAUUCACGUUCACGUGUUGCAGCGGUUCUAUGUGUCACUUCAAGUAAUGUUCUCAUAUGGCGAAAUGAAUUCAUUAAUCCAAGUUCCAAGUAUGAAUUAGGAGUUCACUUAGGCGUUCAAUAUCGACUUGUGAAUGCUUCGCUCAACUAUUGGGGAACAUCAAGUUCAUCUAUCUCGAUGCGUAUGAAUUUUGGUGAAUACCACGCUGAUAAACAUCUUGAUUCAGCUGCAGAAGUUUAUGAGAGAAUUUUCGAUCGAAAAAAUCGCUACAACUUGGCACAGGUUGAAUUUCUUCCAUAUAUAUUGAUACCGAAUGCAUUGGAAUCGGAUCGUAGUGCAUUGUCAUUGAUCAAUGAUCGUGAAAAAAUUUUGCAAUUUUUUCAUGGAAAUCCAACUGGUGAAAUCGGUGGUCAAGUUAAAGGCCAAGUUAAUUUACGAUCAGGAAAAUAUUUUGUCAAACAUGAUAUCUACAUUAGUCCAGAAGGCGAAUUGGUUUUGAAUCCGGGGACCGUAUUACACUUUGAUCAAUCUGUUGGAAUAUUCGUUCAAGGGAAAUUUAAAGCAAAAGGACACAAAAAGUCAGACAUUAAAUUUUUGUUGGCCUCACACAAAUCAAGCAAUUAUCGUUCGAAAAGAAAUGUAACACUUCCGAUUGAGGUGGCCAGUGUCAUCAAUUCAACAAUGGCAAAAUUUAACAAUCGAAGUAUAGCUGCGUUAGACCAAAAAUCCCCUGUGUCAUUCAAAUUAAAACAGACAUCUUAUUAUAGCCAAAAUAUAAGACUAUCGAAUGGUACUGAAGGUCUGUUGGAAGUGAAAAUCGGUAACGAUUGGGGCACGGUUUGUGGCUAUAAUUUUGAUAUUGAAGAUGCUUCUGUGGCUUGUCACCAAUUGGGACUAGUUCUUAAUGAACGGGAUUGGCGUCUUGAAAAAUCGGAAUUCUGGAAUUCGAAAAAUUCUCGUAUCAUUUUGUUGACCAAUGUUCAAUGUACACAUCUCGAUACUGAUUUGACUAAAUGUAAAGCUGAACGAAUGAGUAACAAUGAUUUUGAAGGUGGUUGGUGUCCAAAAGGUGAAGUAGGCAUACGAUGUUUUCCAGAAGCUUGGGCUGGAAUUCGUUUCGGUAUGCUCACACAGGAAGUAAUUCUCGAACAUAUUACGGUGGAAAAAGCUGGUCUUAUUGAUUACCGUACCAGAAAAUUCGGACCGGCGCUACAAUUUGAUUUCAAUCGAUUUGCUAUUAGAGAUUCAAUUAUAACAUCAAAUAUUGAUUCUGGAGUUGGCAUUUUGUGGAAUGAUGUGAUCAGUGAACCUAAUGAUGAUCGAUUAUUAACGAUUAUCGACACAAAAAUAAUGGGAAAUCUAAAUCAUGGUAUUGUGACCAGUACACAGGGAAUUCGAAUCGAAAAUUGUUUAAUUGCCGAUAAUAAAGUUUCCGGAUUUCAUUAUGAGCCCAAUUUUAGACGUGAAAAGCAAGAAGAAUUAGCGUCAUGGAUUGUGAAGCAACCAAUCCAUAAUAGAAAAACAUCGGUUUUCAUAAUCAUACCCGGUGAAACGGCCUCAGAUCAAUCAAUAUAUCUGGGUGAUAUUGGUCGACAAGUUUAUGUUUAUGUGCCACGACGACCGACACCGAUAUCGAAACCUUUCCAUCUAUUGAUACGAACCGAUCCCGGUAAACGUAUCGGUGUAAUGGCCAUAAGUCCAAUAUUUUUGACAAGAUCAUCGGAAUCAUUAAGACUUUAUUCGCCAUUGAUAGAUAGUAUACAUGCUUCAAAAAUGAUGUGGGAUAUACGUCGCAAUCUUACCACAUUUCCAUUCAUAUAUCCAGGCUAUCGUCUCAUGUUAGAAUAUUCUACUGGGGAAUUACCUUACGGUGGCAUUCUAUUGUUGUUCACACCAAAACAAUAUCUUCGAAAUAUACCGGGUGAGCCCAGUUUUGUCGAAAAAAGUCUUCAAGAACAACGUGAAAUGAAUACAAUGAUAUUAGUAAAUAAUGAAUUCAUUGAAAAUGGAAAAGGAAUUUCAAGUGCACAUUGUUCAAUGAACAUUGAUUUGAAUGGAAACUAUUGUAAACGAUAUGGAAAUGAAACGAUAAUUGUAAGAAACAAUUUAAUAACGAAAAGCAAAGGAGCCGGGUUGUUUGUCAAUUCAUUUGCCUAUUCAUCAAUGAUACCAUAUUCAUUAUUGGUGAAUAUGAUUGAAUUCAAUGAAAUGCCACAACAAGAAUAUGACAUUACAUAUGCUUCAUCUGUAAUUGCCGAAAUCAAUUAUACAUUGAUUGAGAAUCGUUUUGUCGAAAAUGCCGAAUAUGGCUCUAUCGUUUUAUAUGACCAUUCUUUAUAUGCAAACAGUGAUAUGCAACAAGUUACGGUUCAAUCGAUGCCUGGUUUUGUUUUAUCUAAUGCAAUCGGCGCCAACUAUCCAUCCAAUACUAAUCUUUUCCAUUGGAAUAUUCACCACUGUACACUAGAAGGUAAUAAAAACGGUGGAGUAGAUCUCAAACUACCAUAUACGUGGCUAUAUAAUGAAAAUUUUACGCAUACUGUUGUGGUUGAAGAUUCAAACUUUUUGAAAAAUCAAAAUUUCGAAUUUGUCAUUGGUGGUCAUUAUGCAAGAGUGAAUAUUACACGGAAUAAAUUUCUAGAUAAUCAAUGCAAAAUUGGUCUUGUAUCGAUUCUUGGAAUGGAAAAAUUAACACGAGUUGUUCAAAAUGAAAUGAACGAUAAUUAUGUUCAACGAUAUGUGAUUGAAAUGAACAUGGAAAGUCAUGCAGAUAAAUUUGGUACUGUUACGGCCAUGAUAAAUCGAAAUAAGAUUCGAAAUAAUCGUUUUUCCGGUGCAGCUAUACAAUUUACGAAUGCAGAAGAAAUGAGCAAUGCAUAUACGCCAGAAACAUAUGCCAUUGCAAUUCGUGGACUACAACAAGUUAAUGUUACGCGUAAUAUUCUAACCAAUCGAAAUCUUCAAUUCGAAUUAUUGGCCGGUGUUAAAGCUGGAUCAAUACAUAAUGAAUUAAAUGCAAGAGAAAAUUUCUGGGGAAUUGGUUUUGACCCGCAAACAAUCCGGGAACGGAUAUUCGACUUUGAUGAUUGGAAUAGUUUUUCGACAACGAUAUUCUCACCAUGGUUGUCUAAUGAUCAUAGUGAUGCUUCUUUAGUUCAUGAUCAAUCUACAAUAGAUGCUUUAAGCCAAUCAUCAUUAAUACCACAGUUAUUAGGUGGCCGAUUAAAUCAAUCAUUAGUGUUACAUGCACGUGACCGUCCUUAUGUGGUACAGACAGAUUUAACAAUUAUGCCGGACACCACUUUAACUAUAAGACCAGGUGUCGAAAUUGAAUUCUAUCCAUCCGUUGGAAUAUUAGUUCUUGGAGAUUUGAACGCCAUAGGGAUUGAAAACAAACCGAUUUUAUUUCGACCGAUAACACGAAAUUCAAACCAUUCGAAUAUUUUACAACCGAAAAUGAUGAAUUCAUGGACAGAACGAUCGAAAAGUUAUGGCCGAAAACGACAGAUUCCAAUGACAGAACAAUUAGUGUAUAGUAAAAGUGAUCAUGGUGGUGUACGACUUUGUCUAACGGAAACCUGUGAUCCUGAAACCGAAAUAAAAGCAGAAGAGAAGAUGAAACAUCAGCUUUCAUGGUUUGCCGAUUCAGGUUAUCCGAAAUUGGCAAGCAAUGAUCGGAGACGUCAUGGAUUCAUGGAAAUCUACAACCUAACAACAUUACAAUGGACACCUAUUUGUGAUCCCAGAUUCACUGAACGUGAUGCACAAGUUGUAUGUCGACAAUUGGGUUUUUCCACACUGAAUGUAUUUGUACGGCGUGCUUCUCGAUCAGAUAUGGAUCCAACAUUGAUAACAAGAGUCUCUGAAUGGCCUGAAUCAUUGGAAUGUAAAGGAUCCGAAUCAAAUUUAGCCGAGUGUGAUUUACGUACAUUUUCUAAAGAUAGCUAUGAUCGAAAAUCAACCUUAUUCGAAAAUGCACCACUUUAUCAUUCUAAACUUUUAUCAACGAAUUUUUAUCGUAAAACUCAUCAAAAUCAAAUUGUUGAUAAUCAAACUCAAGAACUGCUUUUCUACAUGAAUGAUGAUUGGCGAUCACUGGAGGAACGAUCAUUAAUUCAAAGUACGGCAUGUCGUCACGAUGGUGAUGAAUUUGUCUAUAUAUUUUGUGGUGAAGAUAAUAACAGAUUUAACAAGGAUGAUAGUCAAUUGUUUGAACAUUGGGGAGGCAUACGAUUUGCUUUGCCUGAAUUUGAAGAAGACGAUUCUAAGAAAUUUUUGGCUAAUAAUAAUAACAAUAAUCGAAAACAAUUUCAGAAAAGUGCUAUGCAUUAUGUCAAUAUUAUUGGUGCUGGUGUAUUGCAUGGAGAAAAAAACGCGGCAGUACAAAUGAUACAACGUUCAAUACCGUUGGAGUUUGUGACAAUACAAAACAGUGCCUAUCAUGCUGUAGAAACUUUAGCACCACCAGAAUCUCUAAAAAUACAUCGUCUUCGAGCUGAGAAUAAUUUGGGUGCCGGACUAAAUCUAUUGUUAUCGGGCACCUCAACAUCGGAAAGUUCACGCGUUCCUUAUGAACCGAUUACAGAUGGAUCAGUAUUUACCGUACCAUAUAACGCAUUUUCAAUGGUAGAUAUUUGUGAUGCAAGAAAACAAUUGCGUGUUAAAGAAAAAAUAAUUGUUUAUUAUAAAUAUGAUAAUCGUCCAGUUGAUUGUGUCAAAAUAUUUACCAGCGCUAAUCCAUUGAAAAACAUUGGUAUAAGAUUUUUACAAUUAAAUCUAUGGAGUAAAUUUACUGAAACGGCCGGUAAAGUGAAUACAUUUGAAGAGGAUUAUAUUCAAGGCAAGAAAUUUGCCUAUCAAACCGAAGAUAUAUUUCACAAUAAAAUCCAUGAGCUCAUUGAUGAAACAACCGAUUCAUAUGUGGAUGCAUCAUUGAUCACUUCUAUGUCUGAUUCGAUCAUGAUUUGGGAUGGCGAUAUUUUCAACGAAACAACUAGACAUUUGAUUGGUGAAGUUUACAGUGAUUCUACACAAGAAUUUUUAAAACGCACAUCGAUAAAUCCACUAUGGCCAAAAACAUUAUCUAGACAACGUCGUUAUACUACAUCAACACGACGGCCACCAUUAACAACGAAUGGUCCAGAAUCAUCCGCAAAGAACAUACUUUAUAAAUCCACUGGUUUUUCAAUGAGUCUACAGCUACAUGUAUCAGGCGCAUCUGGUCGUUAUGGUUUCAUAGCCGAAGUGACAACAUUACCCAGUGCUUAUCAUGAUGAACGAGAUAUACAGCAUAACAUUACAUUUUCAGAUAUCAAUGAUAAUAAUGCCGGUGCAUUAUUGUAUCAGAGCGUUGGUGAAAGUGUGCCACAAUUAGCUCUGUUGAAUAAUAUGUUCAAACGAAAUUGUCGAAAUUUAUGGGGCAAUUUUAGCACAUGUGAAGGACAGACCAUCGAUCUUAAGAUACAAAAUUCUCCGCAUCUAUACUUUCAAAAUAAUUUGAUAACUGAUAAUCGUGCAGGUGGCCUAAAAAUAUCUGCUACUUCAUUUACUGCUGUUUCGGCACUCAACGCACAUCUGAUCAACAAUUUAUUUGCCGAUAAUUAUCAGAAAGAAGCCCUUUAUUUUGAAGGUGCUAAUAGUUAUCAGAAAGUUGAUGUGGAUCGAAAUUAUUUUAGCCGAAAUCGAUCACCACAUCGAUCAAACAUGGUGUUCGGACGUGCAAUCGUCGAGUUUCAUGAAAAUGUAAUAAUUAAUAAUUAUGGUGACAAUCAAUUGUUUAUGGCCGGAUUUGCUCAUGCACAAUCAUCAUCAAAACUUCAACGAUGUACAAAGAAUUUUUUCUACAAUAAUCACGCCAAAAAUGAACGUGGUGAACAGAGUACAAUCAUUGUUAGCACCAUUGGUCAGAUUUAUAGUGACAAUUAUUUAGUAAAUCCAGAUAAUGAUUUUGAAUUAUCUACACGAAAUCGAACAAUCAUAAAUGCAGCAACGUAUUCACUCAAACAAAAUCUGAUCGAACCAACAUCAUUUGCCGCUGUAUUGGCAUCAGCAAUUGUACAAGCUCCUUAUAAUUGGUGGGGUUUCAAUGAAACCAGUGCUAUUGAAGCUCGUAUUCGUGAUUCACGUGAUUCAUUUUAUCUCAUACCGGUACAAUUUGAACCGUUCUAUUCUGGAAAUUGGUCAGUACUAAGUGGUUCAUGCUAUGGUGGUUAUCAGAAAAUUGCCGACACUUGUUUUGUUUAUGUCGGUGGUCGUAUGACCUAUGAUCUAGCACGGAAAUUCUGUGGUAAAGAUAAUUCAUCGAUGCCAUUCAUACGAGCAUCAAAUCAAGAAGAAUUGAUGCAUUAUAUUUAUCUACAACAGCCAUUGUUUAAUCGUCGUCGUCAUCCAGUAUGGGUUCAAUCUUUUGAUGUACCCAUUGGUUCAUGUUCAGUACUAAUCGAUGGCCAUGUCCGUGUACAUGAUUGUAAUGAUGAGCUGCCAUUUUUAUGCGAACGAGAUCCAGAGAUUGGAAUCAGUACGGCAACAUUAGAUUAUUGGUAUCAAGAACCAUUAGGAAUGGCUGUUAUUGGCAUAUCUUUCUUAACAAUGCUUCUUACGAUGGCUUGUAUUUGUUGUUGGAUUUGUAAAUCUCGUCAUAGACAUUUGGAGAAAUUAGAACGCCGUAAUUCAAUUCGUGCUUCAAUAAGAUCAAGUCGAUCGUUGGCUUCUAUGAGUGCAUUGAAUGAUAGUCAAUAUUUCACGAAUAGAAAAUUAUUGUCCGAAUCGAAUCCAAAUGUAAAUGGAUCCAUUAAUGGUUCAAUCAAUCCAUCAUAUCGACCUAUUCCUUUGCAUAGUGCUAGUGGCCAUCAGCGGCAAUCACAAUCGAUGCAACAGGAUCAUUAUGGGGAAUCAUUGUCAUCAACAUUUCCCAUAUAUACAAGCGAUCAUAAUGAACGUCUUGUAUUGGCACAAAAACGUUAUGAUGAUGCCUUCAAAUAUGGCCAAAACUCCCGAACAUCGAAUACGGAUAUAAUGAGAUCAGCCAAUUUACAGCAACCUACGUUCGACAUGGUAUAUGAUAAUCGUGCAUUUAAACAGGGACCAACUGAUCAAUCAACACCAAUGAUGUCACCACUAUCAUUCUCAUCGAGAGAAGAACAUCAUAAUCCUACAUUACGAACAUGGACACCAGAAACGAAUUCCACAUUGGAUUUCAAAGUUAAACCUGCAUUAGAUCCACAAGAAUUAUCACAAUAUACGGAAUCAUCUGAAGAUCUACAUAAACCACCACCAUCUACAUCAUCAUCGACUGCAUCAGAUUUACCAUCGCCAACAUCCGGACAAUUAUCAAAUAGACCACGUUUUUAUCAGCCUAGAUUGCAACAAUCCACCAUGAUGAAAUCUCAACCAAUACAUCCUCCUCCACCACCACCAAUUCGUCGUUUAAUACAAUCAAGAGAUCAGAGAAACGAAAAUAGACAACGUCGUAGUAUGGAUCCGACAAUGUUCUUACAUCAUGAAGAUGAAGAGCCAUCCAUUUCACAUGAAAAUAAAGACAUGCCUAUGGAAACAACAUUCGAUGGUGAACUAUUAACAUUCGAUCAUCAUCAGAAUGAGAUUCAUAAUAGAAAAGAAUUUAAAAAACCUAUUUAUCAUCAAACAGAUUUAGAUGGUGUGAAUACAAAUUAUCAUAUGGGAGGUAGUCAGCCGUCAUUGACGUAUGGUUCAUAUGCACCAUCAACCAUCGAAAGUGAAUCGAAUAAUCCUUAUCUAGAAACAUCAUUAGAUAAUGAUUCAUUUCAUGGUAACAAUUUUCCAGCCAUUGCCAACUCUAAACACAAUAUAUCAUCUUCAACGAAUGCUGCCACCAAAGCAAGAUUAUAUGCCAGUCAACCAUUAGAAACUUCUAUGUAAACUUUUCAUUAUGAUGAAUUACUGCACAUUAAUCAAUUUAAUUUUUUUUA